CUAGUCAGCACAUAUUGUCUGACAGGUAAAUUGUAAUAACUCAGUAUAGAGAGAGACAUGAGUAACCAAGAAGUUGUAAAUCUCAAUGUUGGAGGAGUGAAAUAUGCAACAUUAAAUUCAACUUUGAGAAAAUACCCAGGUUCCAAACUAGCACGUUUGGCAGAAGGGAAUGAUGCUGACUUCAGACUGAUAAAUGGACAGGUCUUUGUAGACAGAGAUGGAGAUCUUUUUCGAUAUUUUUUGGAUUACCUGCGGACUGGCCAGCUCUCACUGCCUUCUGAUUUCUCUGAGUAUGAAAGGCUUAUCCGGGAGGCAGACUUCUAUGAACUGCACUCCCUAGCUAAUGUCCUAAGCCAGGAAACUCCUAGGCAGAGGCUGGAAAUUAUGGAAGUAAGGUUCUCCAUCCAGGAAUCUCAUUCAUUCUUCAGAAUUUUUUGUUCUUCUAGUAGCACCAUCGAAAUGCUGGCAGGCCGUAUUUCUUUGUUUGCAGAACAGACAGGUCAGAGCUGGGGUUAUCCUCACUUAUCUCAGAAACCCAUGGCUCCUAUACCCCUGAAGAGACCUUCCCACCAUGACCUGGUCUUUCACUGUGGUACCGAUUACUCUGUUGGAGAGGAAUUUGCAGCAAGGUAAUCCAGUUAUUCUUAUCUUCUCAGGCUUGAAGGCAGA